UCACAAUAAUGUUUUAAAGGUGCACUAAGCAAUUUUUUAAAAACGCUUUUGACGACACUGUCGGACUAUAUCCUAAAACACACUUGCAGCCAAUCAGCAGUAAGAGGGCGUGUCUUGUAAUGACAGAAGAGAGAAGAGAGCGCUCAGUCUGAGAGCGCACAGGGCUGAUACAGGCAGAUCGACUAUACAUAGAGAGAACUUGAAGAUAAAAAACUUAAAAAUAUCGGCGGAACAAGACAUUAAAAAGAAGGGUUACGACCAGGCAAGAGGUAGACAUCUUCCCAGCGGUGCAGAGAACUCAAGGAGCGGGAGGGGCUCGAAUCGGACUCCGAGGUUGUGUUGUUUCUUUUUAUUAUAGGUUUUAGAUACAGAGACAGUGUAACAGCAUGGCCACUGCGACUGAAAAAGACACAGUAUGGAUCGGGUUCAUGGACAUCGUUCCGGUCAUCGGGACGGUAAAAGAGGCAGUGGAGCUGGUGCUGGCUCUGUAUGAAGGGAAUAAAGAGGUGAUAAAGGAGAAAGAGAAGGCCAUUGAAAGCAUUGUGAAAGAGUCAUCAAAAAUACAUGAGAAGGAAAACUAUGUGAAAAAGUUGACUCUAGCUGAUAAACCAGCAGCAGCAGCAGCUGCAGAUGAAUUUUCUGGACUCAGAAAUGUGAGAGAGGUCAGAAAGGAAAUGAUUAUUGAGUAUAUGGCCAAAGGUUCCAAAAAGGGAACAAAACCCCCAACUUCAGCUGAGCAGAAAGAGAGACAGAAAAAAGUGGAGGCUAUUCAGAAAGACAUGUUAGAAAAGAUCCGUAUCAUCAAUCCAAACUUCAAUGAGGAGCUGAAGGAUGAACUGCGAAGGCCAAAAAGAGGGGAACAUGUCUUCAACAAUAAUAUUCUUAAAUUUCAUUCCAAGGUGCUGACUGAGUUUAUACAAAGCCAACAUAUUGAUAAUCUACAAGGAUAUGAUCAGCAGGCAAUGAAUGAAUUAGGCAGACACACACUUCCCCAAAACACAGCAACAGAUAUUCAGACAAACAUGGUGGUUCACUUUCGUGAGGAUGAAUUCUAUGUGAAUGCGAAUGCAGUGUUUUAUGGUGAAUAUUGCAGAGCACUGCGAGAAGCUAUGCUAGUUGUACUGCACCACAUAAACCCAGGUGAUGUGGCAGAUGAGGAGAGACAACGGGUGAAUGAUGUCAUAGAUAAUAUGAAUAACCUUGCAAUCUAUGUGGACCAACUGGCAAAGGAAAAGUGGAUUGGCAAUAAUGCGACUAGACGGGCCCGGUUUAAACAGGUAAGACGGGAAGUUGUGACCAUGUACAAACAAAAACGUGGGGAUGAGUGGUGCAUUAGCAUUCUGGAUGUAGUUGCACCUUUGUUUAAAUGUGGAUAGUGAGUUUAUUUCUCCUGUUCAAGGUUGCCAGGUUUCCUUUCAAAAUUUCCAGCUCAAUUAGCUCAAAAAGUUUGGACACUGGAAGAAACAGACAUCAGUUUUUUUCUUUCCAACAAAAGUUCACAGUGUAUAUACAUUUGUAUAUCUGCAAUAUUUCCAACACACUUAGUGACAGAGUUUUGUCAUCCAUUCCGUUAUGACUGUUAACCUCUCCAUAAUCCUGUUUUUCCUCUCCCAGCAUGUGCAGGAAUGGCUUCGUACAUUUUCCAUACAUUACACUCUCCCUUUGGUUGCCAUAGCCAGUGGUUUUCUGGGAAAUGUAUUAGCUUUACUUUUGGCCUAAUGGUUAGAGAGUCGGACUCGUAACCCAAAGGUUGCAUCACUUUCACUUUAAAUUUAAUUCUGAUAAUUUGCUUUAAAAAAGGAUCUUGGCUUUUUUUUUUUUUUUUUUUUUUUUUUUUUAAAAAACACCACCCAUGGACUUGCUUUUUCUACCACAGCCUUGUUCCAAAACUGAAAACUCUGACUUUGGCAACCCUGCUCCUCAAAAUUAUUAUUUUUUUUGUUAAAAAAGUGAAUUUCCAACAUAAAGAUUAAUGCAUGCAGCUAAAUGUCUGUAACUAAAAUUUAAAGCUGAGCCUGAUAACAAGUUGAAGUUUAGUUCUUAUUAAAAUGACUGUGUGUAAAUGUGUAGCAGAACAGGGAUGUUGGAGCUUUGAGAAAAACAUGGAUAUGUGGGUAUGGUACGAGUUUAUAUUAAAGAUGUAUACAUUAUUAUUUGACUUAAUAGCACAGCUUGUAGCUUAUUACACAGACAUCCUCGCUGUUAUUGUAAACUUUCUUCAGUUUUCAGAUGAUUCAUGCUGAUGAUUGAAUUAUGAUAUUUUACCAUUUACUCUAAUUAUCUGAUUACGGUUACUAACUGUUUUGAUGCAAAAUUCCUGGAAAGCAUGCUGAGCUGCAUGUACAUGUAUGGAACAAGCUCCAUGGAAAUAUGUUCAAAAUAAAAUAAAGUCAUUACUAACA